AUGAACGACAUAGCGAGAGGGAAAAACACGAAAGCUUCGCAGGUGGUACGAUUUGUCGAGAGAUUUCGAGGUGGAGGCCAUCUAUGGGGGAGGCAGCGAGGAUUCAGGUCCGAUGAUUACCCCCUGGUUCGUGCGUCUUGUAGCCGACAGAAGUCGAGCAAGGAGGUUGCAUCUCCAGCGUUUGGUUGGACCGAAGAAAGGACGAGAAACAGAGCAGCAAAAUCGUAUUUCUUCUACUCCAGUCGUGAGGCGCGAAGGGGAGGGGAUCAGAAGAGGUGUUUGGGAGGAAGUAGACACCAACAACGUCUCAGGAAAAAGAAUGGAAACUGGAAGGAACAAAGGCUACAACAGGCUCGAGAUUUGCAACAAAAAGGGGAGGUGUUCGGUUUCUUUCUCAUCCAUACCUCCAAAGACACGAUUUUAUCAUAUUGGACAGUUGUGUUUGUGUUUGAGUGUGGUGUUGAGUGUUGUAUUGGGUUGAAGAAACUGUACAAGGAAUCCGUUCAAUUGUGA